GAUGAUCCUGUCGCUGUCGCAGACGUCGCUUGUUUAUCGGGAAAUACGCGAGUUCACAGUCGGUGUGUUGUGGUUGUGGCAAUUGUUUUUCCUCUCCCCAGCCUCGUCCUAAACCGUCGUGUACAGUGUAGUUCUUAUACAGCAGUGACAAGUUUACUGUACUGUGUGUGAUGUGAUGUGUCUGUGAGAAUUUUUCUCGGAGUGAUAGCAGUGAUAAGAAAUUUCUACUUCCGUUCCGUGGAAAGGAUUUGUCCGCUUCGAAAAUAGUUUCAACCACGCGCUGAAAUGCAGCCGCAAAUUGGCCGUACCAAUCUGGGCCCAAGCUUACGUUGACGCAUCAACCGUUUCUCUACUGCAAGCAAUAUGAAUCACCUAUCGCAACAACGUUUCUACCAAAUCUCCAAGAAUACCGCCACGUUGUUACUCUGCAGCAAAUAAGCAAGACUGAAUUACAUUUUACCAAAUAAGAACGAACAACCAAUUUUCGGGUCCACCCGAGACCAACGACCGGCGUGCACCAGUUGAAGUCGCUUCAGCAGCCCAGUGCAAUUUCGCUCAACUAACAACAGCAAUUUCUCAGAUGUCCUACACGAACGGUACCCAGUUGAAACCGUCCGCCGGUGCGUCCAGCACUGGCACCGGUGGCGGCGGUACUGGUCCCCCGCUUGGACCUCGACUACCACCGCCUGGACGCCCGCAAAACUAUACUAUCUACAACAAAGACUCCGAUCGGUUGCUGUGGGAAAUGCGGGCUACGCAACGGACUCCUAACACAACGCCAGCUAGUACCGUUCUGAACUCGCCCGACCUAACGGAUUUGGACACCAAACUGCGCUACCAGCACAGCUCGUUGAUGCACCAUCAUCAAAUCAAGGUCGGACGCAGUCCAGUCGGUUCCGGAGGAAACAAUGAUAGCAAUAACUCCACGAAUCCCUCUAGUCCGACUCAGUUGAGUGCCGGACUGGGAGCAGCCAUCCAAAGCGCUGCCGGCCAACAGCAAUUUUCGUCCUUUUCGAUGCUGUCCGAUGGAGAAAUGGUUGUAUUUGACGACAUAGAAAGUGGGACUGGUGGCGGUCGCUGGAGGAUGAGUGACGAUCGAAACAUCCUCGGUAGUUCACCGGUGCCUUCGGAGAAUGAAGACAGCUGCGGAUCUGGUGAAGGGCGUCCCGAUCGGGCCGGAAACGGUGAUGCUGUCGAUGUUGAGAAAAAUUACUACGACGUAGAUAGUUCGAAGAUCCAACGAAUUAUCGGCGGUUUAACGAUAGCGGAAUAUGAGGGCUCACCGAGGAGGUUCGGCAAUAUUGAUCGCUAUGAAGGUGAUGCCGGAAGUGCAGUAAGUAAGCCAUCAGGAAUGGCUAGACCGGGUUUUCCAAAGCGAGUAAUUUCUCCGUGUUCUUCGGAGAUCUAUCAACAGCGACCCAAGGUAGGCGAUUCAAAUUCGGAAUUGAUCAAUCUCAAUGAUGAGGAGGACUCUCGACUCGGUAGGAAAGCAGACGAUAGUAAGUUUAACCUCUCUUAUGCGGAAUAUUUCGCUUCUAACAAUGAUCUGGACGAGGGUGACCGUAGCAACCCGACUCCGACUAACCUACUAACCGGUAUCGAGAACGAUGGUGGCGGAGUGGAUGACUAUUUUUUCGCUUACGCUUCUACUAACCGGAACGCUCAAAAUAAUGCCUAUGUCGGGCAACGGUUAGCUGCAAAGCAGCGUGAUGGUAGUUUGGAGUGGGAAGCCGAAGCGGCUUCUCCACCAAAUCCGAACGAUUGCAACAAUGAGCAAGAUGAUCGGGACUCUAAUGGUACUAUCGGGGCUCAACUAAGCAAUAGUUAUCCGUACUAUCAGCGGAAUAGCAACCGGCAGUACCACUACAUUGACGGCGAUGUUUCGCAACAAGCCGAAGCGCACAACCAGCAGCGUUACUAUCAUCAUUCUCAUAAUUCCCAUUAUCAUGGUUAUGGGGUUGGUUGUGGGGAAGCACAAGACAUUGAACUGUACAUCGACUCUGGCAGUCGAAGUAGUGGUGGUAGGGAAUCAGAAGCGGACCAUCAUCUGCACCAACAACAGCAUCAACAUCUGCAAGAGGAUAGCAAGUUGAGAAAUUUCACGCUCUCUCCUGAAACGACUGACUACGAUUCCAACUGUGGCGAUCUAGACUCAGAAGUAUCACUGCGCUACAUCGGCAACGAAUACGGGCUUUCAGGGGACCUGAAUGGCUUGCCAGGGCACAUCAGUGGCCAUGGCGAUGGUGGAACGGAUUACGCCCGGUUGUACAGCAGUAUGCCAAUUCUGGAGGACGGUCUGUCCAGUGGGCAUGCGUCCGAUACGGAGAACAAUAUACCCCUCCCUGGGUCUGGUAUUUCAAUUGUAAUGGAUCACCAACAACAACAGCAAGCACUUGCGAUUGGAACCGAUGCAGUUGCUGAUGUAGAACAAGAUAACAGUCACUCGUUUAUAUCUUCCAUUCAGCUGGCCUCGCAGCAACUGCAGGAUGAUGAGCACCAACAGCUCGAUUCAUGCGAUGAAGUGCAAGAAGCAAUCAAGGACAUCAAAGCUGCUCUGCAGAAAACCAAAAUUCUGCCUUCUACCGAAGGAACUUCGGUGCUGAAUCCAGAAUUGGACCAAAUGUGCGGCAGUUCACCGGUGUGGGUUCCAAGAUCCUACGACAAAUCGCGGGAAAGUUUAGACUCGGACCUUCCGGCAAAGUUACUCAGUGCCGACGAGGAAGAAGCAGACACGGAUUUGGAAACGGAUCGUCUUCUCGGCCAACAGCGCCUGGAUGAGCAUGGUUUCGUGGACGAUAAGAGUUGGACAGAACGGCCGAAAAUCCGCUCAGCCCGUUCACCCACGGUACCGCUAAUUAACAAAAACCAUACCGCUAUCCGAGCUGGUCUCGGAACGCAGCUGUCGGCCGAAUCGCCGGUGAACAACGUUACGCUUACCAAUGUGUACGGCAACGGCGGAAGCGUCAAGCUGGCGUCACCCUGCGAUGCGGAUGAUCUGAAACAGCUCUCGCCCGUGGUGGAGGCUACCAGCCCGAUGCAUAAAAGUGAUUCAGACAAAAAGGGAAAAUCCAAAACAAAAGAGGGACUACUGGACCCGGCAGUGCUCAUCGAGGGUGUACUGUUCCGGGCACGCUAUCUUGGCUCCACUCAGCUGGUUUGUGAAGGGCAGCCUACCAAGUCUACCCGUAUGAUGCAGGCCGAGGAAGCCGUUUCAAGAAUCAAGGCACCGGAAGGUGAAUCUCAACCCAGCACCGAAGUAGACCUUUUUAUAUCGACCGAAAAAAUCAUGGUGCUAAACACAGAUUUGAAGGAGAUCAUGAUGGAUCACGCCCUGCGCACAAUCUCCUAUAUCGCAGACAUCGGUGAUUUGGUGGUAUUGAUGGCACGGAGACGCUUCGUUCCCCAAGAUAACGGUGACACUGGUGCAGAUCCGGCGGCGUCCCUUAGCAAUAGCACACAGCAAUCAACCAUUAACAAUAAUACGACCGACGGUGGUGGAGGAAGCAGUCCACCACCGAAAAAGUCUAUACCACGAGGCAAUCGGACGCCCAAAAUGAUCUGCCACGUUUUCGAGAGCGACGAAGCUCAAUUUAUCGCGCAGUCUAUCGGACAGGCCUUUCAGGUAGCCUACAUGGAGUUCCUGAAGGCAAAUGGAAUUGAAGAUCACAGCUUUAUGAAGGAAAUGGACUAUCAAGAAGUGCUCAACAGUCAGGAAAUUUUCGGCGAUGAAUUGGAGAUUUUCGCCAAAAAAGAACUGCAGAAAGAGGUUGUGGUACCGAAAUCUAAGGGCGAGAUUCUGGGGGUUGUGAUUGUCGAGUCCGGCUGGGGAUCGAUGCUACCGACGGUUGUGAUUGCCAACCUUUCCUCGACCGGAGCGGCGGCACGCUGUGGGCAGCUGAACAUCGGCGAUCAGAUCAUUGCCAUCAAUGGGCUGAGCUUGGUAGGGCUUCCACUGUCCACCUGUCAAGGGUACAUCAAGAACACUAAGAAUCAAACGGCAGUGAAGUUCACGGUGGUACCGUGCGCUCCUGUCGUGGAGGUACGAAUCAAGCGACCCAACACCAAAUAUCAGCUAGGAUUUAGCGUACAGAAUGGAGUGAUUUGUAGUCUGCUACGUGGAGGAAUAGCCGAGCGAGGUGGCGUCCGCGUCGGUCACCGCAUAAUCGAAAUCAAUAGUCAAAGUGUAGUGGCGGUGGCACAUGAAAAAAUCGUUAACCUGCUGGCGACGUCCGUCGGUGAAAUUCACAUGAAAACCAUGCCCACUUCUAUGUUCCGGUUGCUUACUGGCCAGGAAAAUCCAGUCUACAUUUAAGCAAGCAUGUGAUAAAGGUAACAGCAUUUGAAAACGGAUCGAGAUGACACCAUUGCCAGCGAUUCGUGUUCGCGAAUAAUGCAGAACGAAUUAUAUUUUAGUCUAAAAUGGGUGCACAUCAUCGGGGUUCAAACUUUAAGCGUGUUUGGUUCGCUGUUGACCACUCCCCAUUGGAUGAUGUAAAUUGUUAAGCAAAGACGCUUUAAUGUUGAUACAAUAGACUUUUGAGGACAAAUGGCUAAAACGCUAGGUUGUUAUAUAAGUAAAUUAAAUAUUCUAGAAACGAAAAACGGCAACAUUGCAUAAUCUACCAUUGUGACAAGUGGAUUUCAAAAUGCAUACUCCUCGUUGGAUCAAGAUUUCAAACCGUUGCAAUGAUCAAACUCAGCUUGAAACAACACGUUUUGAGGCCUAAAAUUGCUAUACACGCGCUCUAACGCAACCACGAACAAAACUCACUGAAAGCAUUUAUCUUCCAAACCACAUAAAAAUACAUAUAUUGCAUAGUUUUGCGCCAAAAACUAAUACUCUUUACAGCAAAUGCCUAACUGUAGUCAUCAAAUUUCGGCACACAGAAUAAAUACUUUAGCAAUCAAAUUACAUCUCCUAUAUCUUGAGCAACAGAGUAACUUUAUAACAAAAAAAAAACAACAGGAAACAAAAUUCACGGUAGGUCAGAACAAAAUCAAUCAAGAACGAAAUAUUUAUUCUUAGCAAAGUAUAAUAAAUACGUAUGGCGCGCCGGAGUGUCUGCAAUGUGCAGGAACACACUAUUCAACAGGGACAAAGCAGUACGCAAGUAAGGACAGCUUCGUACUGUCCGGGUCAUCUCAUUUUUUCGGCGUGAGAUCACCUAUUCACUAGCGCAAACAGUGGACAACAAGCGAAUAAAGGUAUACUCUAACAGUGAUGGCAAUUUGAAGGAACACAGAAAGAAACUACAGUGUAUGUUAUACAAACAAACAAGCAAGCAAACAAACAAACAAAAACCAAUGAAAAAAGCAAACUGAAAGAAUAAAUAUUUAAUGUGAUAAUAAACAAGUAAUCAUCCCAAAACAAUCAGCAGCAAGAAAAAAAGGUUGUUGACAAAAAAUAAUAUUGAACGAAAACAAAUCGCUAUAA